AUGGCUACACCGACGGUAGACUUGCCACCACCGCGUGAAGAAGAGGUUGCAGUUGCAGCGCCCAUGCUGGAUCAUGCCCAAGGACUGGCUUCGGCGAUUGGAGUAGCUGCAGUGGCGGCUGUAGCAGUGGGAGAUGGCCUUACACACGGAUUUGGUAGAGUUGCGUACGGAUCUUCAUACGACAGCCCCAUGGCCCAAGCCCAAGCCCAAGACGACGGCCAACUCUACGGGUUUGAGCCAAAGAGUGCACGUGAAGCAAAGCAACAACAGAGCCUAAGAGAGGCUCAAGAGAAGUGGGAUGCUGCAACCAUAGGAGCGGCAACAAGGAUCGAAACCGUUAUAGCGGCGGAAGGAGGAGGGGGAGAAGAGCCAGAAGGAGCGAAGGGAGGAGAGGGAGGAGAAGGAGGGCGAGAGCCAGAAGGGGUGCACUUGCCUAGAAAAGGCGCUGAUGUGGCAGGUGAGCAGGUCAGAGCUGCUCUUACCCGCUCCCGCGCUGGUCGUUCAAACCCCUCCAGCUCCAAUUCCAGCUCUAACUCCAGCUCAGUCUCACUGUCAGGCGCAUCCCCAUACAUCAACACUACCCCUUCCUCCACACUUGCUACAGUUGGCAACAGCUUCAACUUUACACAAACUGGCCGCGUUACCAAAUCUCGUCAUCGCGUCACUCUUUCAGCACCAAUUGCGGCCUCUCUGGUGAACGCUGCUGUCACAGAAAGUGCCAGACUAUCCUACGAAGCCAAGCUCGCCGCGGCAUUAGCUGCGAGUAUACCUGGAACAAUGGCUGGCAGCCAGUCAAGCACCACGACCACGUCGCUACCCUCAUUAAAGUCGAAUACACUGCCGCCAUUGUCGCAAAAACCCAAAACGAACGGAUCGACACCAGGUAUCAACACCUCGUCUAUCGACAAAGACCAGCCCGUGAUUUCCUUUUGGGGUCCCGAACCAAUCGCUCUGCCUUCCCGCUUCGCGCGCAUCAAGCGCAACCUCAUUCGCGGUCAUGAAGCUGAGCUCGAAGCUAGCUGGGCUCGUCUCAUCACCGCGUUGCAGAAAGAUGUCAGCCAUAUAGAAGAUCUUGGCGCCCACCUGAUUCCUUCAAUCGAAUUUGGCGAUCUUGACGAUUCUGUACAAACUGCCCGCUUUGGUCAUGAUCUGAAGCGAUAUGGCGUUGGUGUCAUUCGCAAGGUUGUCCCCAGGGCAGAUACCGAUACUGCCGUUCGUGAGACGGUCGACUAUCUUGACAGCAAGCGCCAUAUAAAGGCACUACAGCACGACCCGGCUUGUUUCGACUUCUUUUGGACUCCAGCUCAGGUCCGGUCAAGAGCGCACCCUAACGUUCUCAGUGCUCAACGCUUCAUGAUGGGUUUAUGGGAACCGAACCAAGAUGAUCAACUUGUUACCCGGCUUCCUAUUACUUACGUCGAUCGUAUACGUGUACACGGAAACGGGGAGAACCAGUCCAGCAAUUUGAACGUCCCGCCGCUCGAGCCCCCGCAGUCGGCCGAUGACUGGAUCCAAGCUUUACAAUCAUCUGCAGGCAUUACUGCCCAGGUCGACAACGGAUCCCUUGAGCGUUGGGAGCCGGAUGGGUAUCAGCACGCAGGCACCUAUAACCACAUCUUUCAUGGCAAAUGGGAAGACUAUGACCCGUGGAAAUGCACCAGUCGAACGUCUGUGACGACUGAUCUCUAUAACGGUUACGGCGCUUGUACCAUUUUCCGUAUGUUCCAGGGCAUCUUGGCCCUUUCUACCGUCGAGCCCGGCAUGGUACGACUUCUACCUUCGCCCAAACUUGCAACAGCUUAUUACCUUCUCCGACCUUUCUUCACGGCCACGAAUCCUCCACCAGAGAAUCGCACUGGACCCGAAUGGGAGGCGUAUCUCGCUCCCGAUAAUUGGAAGUUGCAAAGAGAGCCUGACUCUAUCAUCCAUGGGGCUGUUCCUGGGCAUGCCCAGAGAAUUACCGAAACAUGGCACCCCCAUCUGCAUCUGAGGAAUAGCAUGAUCACUUUACCUACACUGCAGCCUGGCGACUAUAUAUUCUGGCAUCCUGACCUACCAUACUAUCUCUCCAGCAACAACUAUGGCCUCAAGACACCUAGCGGUAGCAAGAGCGAAGUUAGCAUGCUGGUGUACAUUCCCGCGGCUCCACUCACUCAGACAAACGCCCUUUAUCUUGCGCGCCAGAGAAAAGCAUUCCAACGUGGCCACCCAGGUCCGGAUUUCGACUCGACUGGUCGAGGAAUAGUUGAAGAGGACGCUGAAACACGUCCUGGCGAAAAAGAAAUCGCCGAAGUGGGGGGACCGGCUUCUUUACAGGCUAUGGGCCUUGCACCUUGGGAGGUCGCUGGCACCCGUUCUGGUACGCCUCCCCCCGACAAGGCCAAGCCCAAGGUUAAGGGUGAAGAGGACGUUGAGGAUGUUGAGAUGGAUUGCGAUCCGGAUGCAAAGAGCCUCACAAGUGCAUCAUCUAUUUCUAGAGCCGAGGCCGAGGUCGUGCGCUUAGCCAACAUCAUCCUCUUCCCGGACAGGUCGAUGUUGGGCUAUUCAGUAUGA